AUGUCGCCGUUGACCCCAACCUCCCGGGCAGCCGCUUCAGUCAUGAAGCACAUUGAGAGGGUUCAGAAGGCCCGUCGACAAGUUCGACCUUCUGCGCCUCCUGUCGCCGCCACGCGACAGUCGACAACCUCAAUUCCCUCUCUCUCUCCCGUCCCCCGGAUCGGGACGGUUUCAGCACCCCUCCCAGCCGCCCUGCCACAGCGGUUGAGAGCCGACGGAACCGGAUCUCGGAUCCCGGGACCACCCCCUUCGGCGUUCACCCGCCGCAGCCGCCACAUCCUCAGCUUUCCGCUGAGGAUCAGCCCAACCCCCCGUCCGACCCCUCGGACAAUCCAACAGACGACGACCUCGACGGAGACUUCAGUGCCGCCACCAUUGAAGUCUGCCAUCCGCCGUGGACCGACUUCCCUCGCGGCCAAGUCGGUUCACUUCGAGGAUCCUGUCUGGAUCAAGGCCGAAGUCCGUGUCUUUCCUCGGGAAGACUCUGACUUUGGCAACGUUCCUUGGGCGAAGACUCCCGCCCACUUCUACCCCGCUGGCCCUCGCCCUCACAUCCAAGGAGUCGGCCAAAACAUCACCGUCCGGAGCCCGCCAUCGACCAGGCAGCCACAGUUCUGGCGCCACUCGGGCACCUUCUUUGCGCCGCACAAAGUCGGUGUUUGUGGUGAGCAUGGGCAGAUCCGACCAGGAGUGCCGACCUCCUGCGAAUUCUGCGCCGAGCGUUACGCCCUCGGUGCUUUCCUCCCAAAAGUCCUCGACGACAUCAACGCCUUGGAGGAUUACACCGACACUGAGCUGUGCACAGCUCUGUACGAUGAAUCCAAGGCGUGGCAUCUUUGUGAGGGUUGUGAGGAGUGGUAG